ACAGCCAAUCAGAAGUCGGGGGAGAAAAUGGCGGAUUCAGGGGUGGUCGUCAGGAGCUGCAGGGAAUUAUGGACUAUACUGUUGGGGAGAUCUGCUUUACGUGAGCCGGCACAAAUAGAAGAGGAGCUUGAUAAACACUGGGACAGAUUACACCAAGGUCUCAGUUACUACAAGCCACCCAGCUCUGCAUCUGCUCAGAAGCUAAAAGAAAACAAAGAUGUUGCUCAAGCAUUGAAGGAUUUUGGUCUCAGGAUCAGCAAGCUCUUGGGUCUUGAUGAGCAACAAAGUGUCCAACUUUUGCAGUGCUACUUGCAAGAGGACUAUAGAGGAACACGAGAUUCACUAAAGGUUGUACUGAAAGAUGAGAGGCAAAGUCAGGCUCUUCUUCUAAAGAUAACCGACUAUUACUAUGAGGAGCGUGUGUGUCUGCUUAGAUGCAUCCUCCUCUUACUGACGUACUUUCAGGAUGAGCGACAUCCCUAUAGAGUGGAGUACUGCAACUGUGUAACUAAACUUGAAAAAGACCUAGUGAACAACUAUCAAACACAGUUUAGAGAACUUUUUAAUGCUGAAGCCCCAACAUGGGAAACCCAUGGACCUCUUAUGACGGAGCGUCAGGUUUCACGAUGGUUCUUCCAAUGCUUGAGAGAGCAGUCUUUGCUUCUAGAGAUCAUUUUUCUUUAUUAUGCCUAUUUUGAGAUGACCCCAUCAGAUCUCUUGAGUUUCACAAGAAUGUUUAAGGAACAAGGCUUUGGUUUGCGCCAGACCAACCGGCAUCUGGUUGACAAAAGUAUGGAUGCUCUGGUGGAACGUAUUGGCUACCUAAGCUCUCUUAUUUUGGUUGAGGGAAUGGACAUAGACUUUCUUCACAAGUGUGCUCUGGAGGAUCGUACUGAACAGCAUCAGUUUUCAAGUGCUGUUGAUGUAGUUAAGGUGAUGGACCAGCUAUUAGUUACAUUUGGAGACAUUAACCAUCAUGGUCCUGUCCUGCUGGCAUGGGUCCUAUUGAGGCACACACUGAGGCCUGAGGAGACCAGUCCUGUAGUCAGAAGAAUUGGCAACACUGCUCUGCAGCUGGGAGUUUUUGAAUACCUCUCUACUAUGCUCAAAAGUCUUGGCGCUUCAGGAAACAAUUGCACAGCAAGCACAGCAAAAAUGUGCAUCUAUGGCCUCCUGUCUUUUGUUUUCACUUCAUUUGAAGAGGAUAGUCUACAGACAGAGAGAGGUACAACUGGUUCUCAUCUGAUUGAUGCUGCCUGUGAAGUCCUCUCUGCUCCCAGUCUGGCGGAGAUCUUCUGGGAAAUGAAGCCCAACAUGGGAUUAGGGAUGAUUUUGGACAGUGCAGUUGGGAUGUUUCCUCAUAAAAUCGCCCCUUUGUUGCAACUGCUAACUGCUCUUUUAUCAAACAAGACUACAGUCAAAAAGGUUUACAACUUUUUAGAUAAGAUGUCAUUCUACACAGAAAUUCACAAGCAAAAACCCACUGACAUAAUCUCCAAGGAUGAUGAAACACUGUGGAGAAGGAGGACACCAAAACUCCUCUAUCCUCUUGGUUCAGGGCAGACAAACCUGUGGCUGCCUCAGGGUGUGCUCGGCCAGGUCCUGAUGAGGCCUGAGCAGGACUAUGUGGUGCGCUGGGAUUAUUCCUACAGCGCCUGGACUCUGUUCACGUGUGAAGUGGAGAUGCUGCUCCAUGUUGUUUCCACUGCAGAUGUUCUUUCGCAUUGUACUCGUGUGAAGCCGAUCCUGGACCUGGUCCACAAGAUCAUUAGCACAGACUGGUCUGUGUCAGAUUGUCUUCUGCCACUCACUUCCCGCAUCUAUAUGCUUUUACAGAGAUUGACAUCAGUCAUUAGUCCCCCAGUAGAUGUAAUUGCAUCGUGUGUCAACUGCCUGUCUGUUUUGGCUGCAAGGUUGCCUGGAAAGGUGUGGUCAAGUUUGCAGCACACAGGUUUUUUACCAUUUGCAUCUAAUGCACUGACCUCUAUGGCUCAGUGCAUAAGUGCUGAGGGCAUGAAAGCGGGCAACUAUGGCAAUCUGUUGGUUCAGAUUGAGCAGCCAAGAGGGGAAUACCCUGUGACCAUUGCUUUUCUACGGCUUAUUACAACUCUGGUUAAGGGUCAGCUUGGAAGCACACAGAACAAUGGUCUGAUACCUUGCGUGCUCUUGGUGUUAAAGGAAAUGCUCCCCACUUACCACAAGUGGAGGUAUAACACCUAUGGAGUACGUGAGAGAAUUGGCUGUCUGAUAUUGGAACUUAUCCAUGCCAUUCUCAAUCUGAGCCCUGAAGGAGAGAGUCCGGGGAGCACUCCUACUUUGCAGACCUUAUGCAUCUACAGUUUGGCGAACACUGAGGCUGGUCAAGCCAUCGUGAAUAUAAUGGGGGUUGGUGUGGAUACUAUAGAUGUGGUACUGGCUGCACAGCCAAGCAGUGGUGGGUCUGAGGGUCCAGGUCAAAUCCUUAUUCAAACUGUGAAACUGGCUUUCUCCGUCACAAACAAUGUAAUUCGCCUGAAGCCUCCCUCAGAUGUGGCCUCACCCCUCGAGCAAGCUCUGACACAACAUGGUGGGCACGGCCACAACCUUGUAGUUGUCCUGGCAAAAUACAUUUACCAUAAACAUGACCCAGCACUGCCUCGACUUGCCAUACAACUUCUCAAACGUCUUGCCACUGUGGCUCCCAUGUCAGUUUACGCCUGCCUUGGUAGCGACGCCACAGCUAUUCGGGAUGCUUUCCUCACACGACUGCAAAGCAAGACGGAGGACAUGAGGAUCAAAGUCAUGAUUUUGGAGUUUCUUACAGUUGCUGUGGAAACACAACCAGGCCUGAUUGAACUCUUUCUUAACUUAGAAGUCAAAGAAAGUAGUGAAGGUUCAAAGGAGUUUCUUCUGGGAGAAUGGAGCUGUCUUCAUGUGGUUUUGGACCUGAUUGACUCAAAACAACAGGGUAAAUACUGGUGUCCACCGCUGCUCCACAGAGCUGCUUUGGCCUUUCUUCUUGCUCUCUGGCAAGAUCGUAGAGAUAGUGCCAUUUCUGUACUCAGAACCAAGGAAAGGUUUUGGGAAAAUUUGUCCACACCGUUGUUUGGGAGCCUUCCUCCUCCUUCAGACACAGCAGAGCCUUGUGUACUUGAAACCUGUGCUUUUGUCAUGAAAAUACUUGGCCUUGAAAUCUACUAUGUUGUGAGUGGCUCUUUGGAAAAGACUCUUAAGGAUAGUCUCCAGAAGUUCUCCAACAGUCGGCGCUACGAGUAUUGGUCUCAUUAUGUCAAAUCUCUGGUGUGCCAUGUCGCGGAGAUGGAGGAGGAGGGUGUCUGCUAUUUUGCUGAGACACAGAUGUUGAUUGCAGCCUGGAGAAUGCUGCUUAUUCUUGCCACCACUCACUCUGAAGUGAUGCAUUUAACUGAGGAUUCAACCAAGCUUAAGCUGUUUAUGGAUGUUUUAGAUGGAGCUAAAGCUGCACUCACAACACACACAUCUGUGCCUUGUCUACGUCUUGGCUCCAUGAUGACCACUCUGCUACUCAUUCUCCUCAAGCAGUGGAAAAGUGUGGUAGCUGCUGCACCUGAUGUCCUCUGCCCCCUCUCACUCAUUCUGGAAAGUGUCUUGCAAGCUGACCAGCAGAUGAUGGAGAGGACCAAAGCCAAAAUCUUCUCUGCUCUGAUAUCUGUGCUACAAAUUCAAGGCCUCAAUGGAGGAGAGAUUUCGCUGCUGCCUCAACUUUUACUGUCUGUCUGUGAAACCGUAAAAGAUGAAUCCUUGGCUCUCAUUGACAACACUCGUUUACUGCGCCAAGCGGGAGAGAGCUUGGAUGAUGAAGACAGUAUGGAAACAGACUCUCCUCGUGGCCAGCAGAAGGAUCGGAGAGACGGGGUCUGUGUUCUCGCUCUGCAUUUAGCAAAAGAACUGUGCCACAGCGAUGAAGAUGGGGAACAGUGGGUUUCAGUGAUGAGGAAAGUACCAGUGCUGCCCUCUGUUCUAAGUGCCCUGGAGCUCAGCCUGAGAUCCAAACACAACCUUUACUUUACUGAGGCUGCUCUUCACCUGCUGCUGACAUUGGCUCGCACCCCACAGGGGGCUGCAGCAGUUGCUGGAGCUGGCAUAACUCAAACCAUCUGUCUACCUCUCCUCAGUGUGUAUGAAGUGUCCACUGUAUCCCAGAGUUUCUCACGCAAGUCCCAAGACUCUGCAUGCUGGCCCAGUGUCUAUCGUCUGUGCAUGUCCCUGAUGGAAAGUCUGCUCAAAACGCUCCGUUACACCUUCAUCAAUGAAGCCUUGGACUUUGUUGGAGUGCACCAAGAACGCAUACUACAGUGUCUGAAUGCAGUGCGGACAGUGCAGAGCUUGGCUUGUUUAGACGAGGCAGACCACACUGUUGGCUUCUUGCUUCAACUUUCAAACUUCUGUAAGGAGUGGCAGUUUCACUUGCCCAAACUUCUUAGUGACAUACAGACAAAUCUGUGCUACCUGUGUCAGACAUGCACAUACCUGCUCCACAGCAAGAAAAUGCUGCAUCACUACCUACAGGCAAAAAAUGGUGAGGCGUUACCCCCGGGUCCCCUCCCACGGACUAGCCGGCUGCCUCAGACCCCCUCAAAAGACACGCCCAAUGGAGGCGAGAGAGACGAGGUGGAACAGAAAGCCCUGUUGGCCGUUCAGUGCAGUCUCCUUAAGAUCCUCAGCAAGACAUUAGCAACACUGCAGCAUUUCACUCCAGACUGCUGCCAGAUCCUUCUAGAUCAGUGCAUGGACCUGGCAGAAUAUAGGAUCUUAUUUGUGCUCAGUUUCACUACUCCUGCAUUUGAUCCAGAUGUCCCUCCUUCCUUUGGGACUUUGCUGGCCACCAUUAAUGUUGCUUUGAGCAUUCUGAGUGAGAUGGACAAGAAGAAAGAACCAGCCUCUUUGAGUAUUGCGGCACUUGCUUCAUCAGAGGAGAUUCAAGCCCUAAAGUCAUUGCUUAUAUUCACGAUGGAGAACUGUUUCUAUGUGCUGAUCUCUCAGGCUGUUCGAUGUCUCAAAGACAGUUCUGUCCCUCCCAGAGACAAACAACGGCUCAAACAGGAACUCAGCUCUGAACUGAGUACUCUUCUAUCAAGCUUAUCGCGACACUUUCGUAGAGGUUCUCCCUCCUCUCCUGCCAGUGGUCUCCCUUUGAGUCAAACCAAAGCUGCCACUCCCAAAAGCAGUCACGAGGGACAGGAGCCUUUUAUCCAGCUGGUGCAAGCCUUUGUCAGACUUGUACAGAGAUAACUUAUGUCAGU